UCAGGUCCCUUCGCCUUUUGUUCGGUUACUGAGUUGCUGCCUUGGCCAGAGUCCGGAGCAGCCGCCGCCCGAGCGCGCCGAGCUCAGUUCGCUGCCCGCGCCGGCUCCCAGCCCGGCCCGAUCCCUACCCAGCCCGGCCAGGCUCCACACGCAGCAGCCGCCAUGGAGGUGAUGAACCUGAUCGAACAACCCAUCAAGGUGACCGAGUGGCAACAGACAUACACCUAUGACUCCGGCAUCCACUCGGGUGCCAACACCUGUGUGCCCUCGGUCAGUAGCAAGGGCAUCAUGGAGGAGGAUGAGGCCUGCGGGCGCCAGUACACGCUCAAGAAGACCACCACCUACACUCAGGUGCCCCAGAGCCAAGGCGACCUGGAGUACCAGAUGUCCACGACAGCCAGAGCCAAGCGGGUGCGGGAGGCCAUGUGUCCUGGCGUGACAGGUGAAGACAGCUCACUGCUGCUGGCCACCCAGGUGGAGGGGCAGACCACCAACCUGCAGCGGCUGGCCGAGCCAUCCCAGCUGCUCAAGUCCGCCAUCGUGCAUCUCAUCAACUACCAGGACGACGCCGAGCUGGCCACCCGGGCCCUGCCUGAACUCACCAAACUGCUCAAUGAUGAGGACCCGGUGGUAGUGACCAAGGCAGCCAUGAUUGUAAACCAGCUGUCCAAGAAAGAGGCGUCACGGAGGGCGCUGAUGGGCUCGCCCCAGCUGGUGGCAGCUGUGGUGCGUACCAUGCAGAACACCAGUGACCUGGACACGGCCCGCUGCACCACGAGCAUCCUGCACAACCUCUCCCACCACCGCGAGGGGCUACUCGCCAUCUUCAAGUCAGGCGGCAUCCCUGCCCUGGUCCGCAUGCUCAGCUCCCCCGUGGAGUCGGUCCUGUUCUAUGCCAUCACCACGCUGCAUAACCUGCUACUCUACCAGGAGGGCGCCAAGAUGGCGGUGCGCCUGGCAGAUGGGCUGCAGAAGAUGGUGCCCCUGCUUAACAAGAACAACCCCAAGUUCCUGGCCAUCACCACCGACUGCCUGCAGCUCCUGGCUUAUGGCAACCAGGAGAGCAAGCUCAUCAUCCUGGCCAACGGAGGACCUCAGGCCCUCGUGCAGAUCAUGCGCAACUACAGUUAUGAGAAGCUGCUCUGGACCACCAGCCGUGUGCUCAAGGUGCUGUCUGUGUGUCCCAGCAAUAAGCCCGCCAUUGUGGAGGCUGGUGGGAUGCAGGCCCUGGGCAAACACCUGACAAGCAACAGCCCCCGCCUCGUACAGAACUGCCUUUGGACCCUGCGCAAUCUCUCGGAUGUGGCCACCAAACAGGAGGGCCUGGAGAGCGUGCUGAAGAUCCUGGUGAACCAGCUGAGUGUGGAUGACGUCAAUGUCCUCACCUGCGCCACGGGCACUCUGUCCAACCUGACGUGCAACAACAGCAAGAACAAGACGCUGGUGACCCAGAACAGCGGUGUGGAGGCCCUCAUCCACGCCAUCCUGCGUGCCGGUGACAAGGACGACAUCACGGAGCCUGCCGUCUGCGCCCUGCGCCACCUCACCAGCCGCCACCCGGAGGCCGAGAUGGCCCAGAACUCCGUGCGCCUCAACUACGGCAUCCCGGCCAUUGUCAAACUGCUCAACCAGCCCAACCAGUGGCCGCUGGUCAAGGCAACCAUCGGCCUGAUCAGGAAUCUGGCGCUGUGUCCAGCCAACCACGCCCCUCUGCAGGAGGCGGCCGUCAUUCCCCGCCUCGUUCAGCUGCUGGUCAAGGCUCACCAGGAUGCCCAGCGCCACGUGGCUGCGGGCACGCAGCAGCCCUACACGGUCAGUGAGCUGGCGCUGCCUGCGACCGCCCUCCCCAGGGGUCAGCAUCCUUUUGUGAAUGUGUGUGCACGGGUGCGUGAAUGGGGAGGCAAAAAAAGGAGGCAGAGAUGGACAGGGUUGAGAGGCGGGCUGCCCCCCGCCUACCUUACCCCUUCCCCACCCCACACACCCUCUCCUCAGCUCCUGUACUCGUCAGUGGAGAACAUCCAGCGUGUGGCCGCGGGCGUGCUGUGUGAGCUGGCCCAGGACAAGGAGGCGGCUGAUGCCAUUGAUGCCGAGGGGGCCUCGUCCCCACUCAUGGAGCUACUGCACUCUCGCAACGAGGGCACAGCCACCUAUGCUGCUGCUGUCCUGUUCCGCAUCUCUGAGGACAAGAACCCAGAUUACCGUAAGCGUGUGUCUGUGGAGCUCACCAACUCCCUCUUCAAGCAUGACCCCGCUGCCUGGGAGGCCGCCCAGAGCAUGAUCCCCAUCAAUGAACCCUACGCAGAUGACAUGGAUGCCACCUACCGCCCCAUGUACUCGAGUGACGUGCCCCUGGACCCUCUGGACAUGCACGCGGACAUAGACGGGGACUAUCCCAUCGACACCUACAGCGACGGCCUCAGGCCCCCCUACCCCAUGGCGGACCACAUGCUGGCCUAGCCGGCUCCAUUCCAGUGCGGUUCCUCAUCAGAGAGGUUCUCCAUGCAGGCGCUGGGGCGAGACGGAAAAGUGCCUGAAACCAGGGGAGCAGGGCUGCGACUUCUCGCCGAACCCCACGCCUCCAGAGGUCCUCUGCAGGGUCUUUCUUGGGAUGGUGAUCUGCUCCUGCUUUUCUGUCCUGGGCCGUGGGUCCAGGGCCCGACACCCCCUCCCCACCUCUGUGGCCCCGGCACUAAAGCUUUAGACAAAAUCACCUGCUCUCUUCCCUGACCCGGCCAUCACUCCCUACCCCCACUCCCACCCCCAGCCCGGGCGGCUUGACUCCAGCAGCUGGGGCCCCACAGAGCUUUGGUUCCUUCCCUGGGCCUGAUUUUCUCACCGAACUCCAGCCGGCCGACCGUUCCGAGCCCCUGGGUGUCCAGGACCCAGGUUCAAGGCCCCAAAUCCCAGAAUCCAAAGCUUGUCUUGAGAAGUUCAGGGACUGACAAGAUGGGAUGGAGACGUAGAGAGUGAGUCCCCCACUCCAGGACACUGCCUGCUCCUCUCCAGGACACUCAACUGGAUCUGGCCCCUUCCUGGGACCUCUGGGGACAGCUCCCUGGCACCCCAGCCCACCCACCCCACCACUCUAGCUGACCCCUGAGAAGUGCUCUUGGCUGACCCCUCUGGUGUGCGGUGAGGGGCUUUCUCUUCCCCUUCCUGUUUCAAACCCACCACCACCUCCUGCACAUGGGUGUGGGGGGCUGGUGGAGGUCCUAGCGGAGAGUUUUAUUAUUAUCGCUUUAUGUUUUUGGUUA